AUGGCUUCAGUAUUCACUUACGACCCUGACCCUCCAAGGGUUCACUCUCCUUGGAAGAAGCUAAGAGAGUCGAGCAAGGACGAGAAUGGCCAUGGCGUAGGCUCAGAGGAUUCGACAUCAACUCUGCAACUCCAAUCAGGACUACUUUCGGAGUAUGGACUCACCAAACUCGAGGCGGAGCCACAAGAAGGUCCUAUAGAAUACAAGCUUCAUCUCCUUCUUCGGCCUAGAAGGCUCUUCAAGAGCAUGAGCACCGCUGGCAAGUCGCGCCAUGCUCGACUGGCCAAGCCCUCAACCCCCUCUCCUGCUGCUUCUAGCCAGCCUCGUCAACAAAGGCUUCAACAUUUGACGACCCAACUCUUAUGGAGACUACAACAGUCGUCCCCAUAUCAUGCAUCCAGCUCAAAGGAACUGGCUCUCCCUAGACUUCCAGACGACAAUGUCGAUCUCACAGCACCUGUCAAAUUGAACAAACUUGUUCCAGGUUUGGAGGAGUCUAGGGGGGCGAUAUACGAAAUAGGUGUUGCCGACGACGGUAACCUUGUCGGUCUCACCAAUGAUGAGAUGGAAGAGAGUCUUGCAACGUUGAGAGUCAUGGCUGCGAGCUUAGGAUGCACUGUUGACGUUCGUGUAAGAGUCGUAGUCGGCGACUGCGAAUGGGCCGAAUCCACGGAAAUAGUUGACGGUUUUACAACCUCACCAAAUGAGGUUAUCAGAAGCGGUAAACUGUGGGUUGCUGAAGCAGAGGUCAAGCCCAACCUUGGCUUUACGGAGACCGCAGCUGGAGGAGACAAAUCUUACAGGGACGAGCUGUCGACAACCGAGAGUAUGGAUGUGCCUAGUCGUGGUAGUUCGAUGACGCCGCAAUUGAGAGUCACUUUCACUGGACCGACCACUUCAGGCAAGUCAAGCCUACUGGGAACAUUGACCUCAGGCGCCUUAGACAAUGGCCGUGGUAAUAGUCGACUUAGUUUGCUCAAGCAUCGGCACGAAAUGGUCACGGGAGUAACCAGCUCAAUAGCCCAGGAACUCAUUGGUUACAAAGAUGGGUCGAUUCUUAACUACAGUCAUGGAAAUAUUGAGUCUUGGGUUGAUAUACACGAUCGUUCUGAAGGUGGCCGUCUGGUCUUCGUCUCCGAUUCCGCUGGUCAUCCAAGAUAUCGCCGCACAGUCCUUCGUGGGCUGAUGAACUGGGCGCCACACUGGAUCAUCUUGUGUCUGGCUGCAGAUGAUACCGAGGUAGCGCUCAAGAGCUAUGGGACGACGCCAUCAACACAAGAUGUUCUGGGAGUGGCAACUGGUGGACUUGAUUUAGUCAAAGCACACCUGACGCUUUCUCUCAACCUGGGCAUUCCCCUAGCUGUUGUAAUUACCAAGCUCGACCUCGCGACAAAGAAGAGCCUACCCAGAACCACGAACAAAAUUUUGUCGGCCAUUAAAGACGCUGGAAGGAAACCCAAAAUCCUGCGACCUGACCAGAAGGAGUGGAAGCAUACGGAUCGAGUACCGGACGAUGACUCCGUCAAAGUCAAAGACUUAUUGAAAGAAAUUUCAGAGAGCGAAAACAUGACGGAGUAUGUUCCAAUAGCAUUUACCAGCGCCGUCAAGGGGAACGGGAUCGGUUUGUUGCAUGCACUUUUGGAGAAUCUGCCAUUGCCACCUCCGCCAACUGCUCGAGAUUAUGUGGGAAUGGCGUUGAAUCCGGAGCAGCCCAAGUGCCUCUUUCAUAUUGACCACACCUUGAGUCUAUCCGAAUCUUAUAGCAGCUUGGCCUGUAAUCCUGGGGAACAGACCAAGCCAGGUAUUGUGGUGUUGGGAUACCUCAGGUUUGGGCGACUUUCUAUUGGGGACAAGAUUGUUAUUGGGCCUUUUCCAUCGGACGACGAUGAAGCACUUCGUGAAUUGACGCUGGAGGAUAGACAAUCCCCUGGUAGUUAUGGGCUUUCUGCUUCACACCCGUCCUCGGCAGAACUGGCACGUAUCGCGAUGAAGAAUGCCGUGUCUGCGUCGACUAUUACAGGGGAAUGGCACGACGCCCAAAUCUCCAGCAUACACAACUUGAGACUUCCAGUCCUGACACUCGAAGCUGGACAGGCCGGAUCAAUCGGCCUCAGGUUCCAGCCACGUUCGAGUCGUUCUAGGAAUGACAGCUCAAACUCUAACAUCGCGAUUGAAAUCCCUCGAAUACGUCGUGGCAUGAUCUUGGCAAUCCCUUCAAAGCACAUGGCUGAUACUGGGUUGAAACUGCAAGCUGCAAGCGGGUUCACAGCUAUUUUCGACGAUUUGGAUACCCAAACCCUGCCAAUCGGCUCCUUUGUAAACAUUUACAUCGCUAGUAUUCGUACGGUGGCGCGCGUACGUCGUAUAUCCCGUCAAGAUAGAGGAUGGGGAACAAACAUGCAGGAAGCAGAUGAGAUGGAGGAGAUAUUCAACCUCAACGAUGAUCUCGAGUCAAAUAGUGAGAGGGAACCUGACCAAACCAAGGAUGGGGUUGAGAUGGGCUUAGAGCUGCUACAUCAUCGAGAAUGGAUAGAGAUGGGUUCGCGAGUUGUAUUGUUAGAAGGGGGAAGUCAGGAUAGAUCUGGAUUAGAGGGGUUUGUUGGUAAGGUUGUUGAGAUUGUUGAUUAA